AUGUCUCGACCCCAGCGAAAAAAGGCUACUGAAGUGAUUGAGUUCUUCCAGACGCUCGACUCCGAUGUUGAAGAAACUGAUUCUGAUGGGGAAUUUUUUGAUUCAGGUCCUGAUGAGGACAGCGACGAUGCCGACCCAGGACCUUCAACGUCUGCAGGACCGCCUCCUAAACGCAUGCGACCGUCUGGUGAUGUGGCACCUGCGCCUGCACCUCAGCCUGGCGUGCACGUACCAGAUAAUGUCGUGACUCCUUUGGAUUUUUUCCGUCUCUUCUUCACGGCAGACAUCCUACGAGUUAUCAAGACAGAGACGAACAGGUGCGCUGCUUCAGAGCUGGGUCGAAGACAGCUGCCCCCUGAGAGUCUCUACAAGAACUGGAGCACAGUGACACUGAAGGAGUUGUGGGGGUUCUUCACCAUCUGGGUGCACAUGUCACUGGUCAAGAAACCCUGUCUGAAGGACUACUGGAGUACGGCAGAAAUCAUCCGCACAUCGUUCGCCUCCAAAAUAAUGUCAAGGAACCGUUUCAUGCAGAUUCUUGGCCUCCUGCAUCUCAACGACAACACCACGUACAUCCCCCUCCGAGAAACUGGUCAUGACCCUCUCCAUAAGCUGCGACCAAUUAUCGAUCCCCUUUCUGCUACUUUCCGAGACCUCGUGACCCCUCAACAGAAACUCGUCAUCGAUGAAGCCAUCUGCCCAUGGAGGGGAAACCUGCGGUUCAGGGUGUACAUGAAAGACAAGCCCAGCAAGUGGAGGAUCAAGCUGUACAUGCUGUGCGAGAGUGCCUCCGCGUACGUCUGUGCCUUUGAAAUUUAUGCCGGCGACCCUACCAUCAGCAACAAACCCGUGGAUGUGUGCCGACGAAUGAUGAUGCCGCUGAUGAACAAAGGGUACAUUUUGUACACGGACAACUACUACACCUGUCCAGCUUUGUACCAAGAGAUGAUCGCAGGCGGAACCAUGAUUGUUGGUACGGUAAGAGCCAACCGUGUUGGUAUGCCGAAGGAUUUGGCAGCGCUAAAUCUAAGGACUGAAGAGAGUGCGUACCGACGGCAAGACAAACUGGUGGCAGGAUAA